CUGGAAGCAUGAAUUUGCUAGCAAUUGUGUGUCUCGUAACUUGGUCCCGCGUUGUGGCGAGUUAUGUGAUUGUGAAUCGUGAUCGUGAUCUUUACUACACGAAUAAACCAUUACCUGGGGGAAGAAAUUAUGCAGAAAACGAACCACAAGAUGUGACUCUUUCGGCUGCGACACCCGUUGAUCCUUACGCAAAGAAGCUGCUCCAGUUGUACUAUUUGGUGCAGGUGAUGCGGUCUUACCAUCGGCCAGCCUACCAAGAGCCAACGACCAUUCUCAGCAAUCUAAUCGAUCGUCUAACGAAGGAAGAUCUACGAGACGAGUUGGAACGAUUGCUCUCAGGUGUUGAUGGUUUUGAGGAAGUGUUUAACAUUGGCGAGUACGCCGUACGAGAUCCGAUUAAGGAACAGUUGGCAAACGAUUUCCGAUUGCUGUUUCCGAUCGUGGUAAAGACGCUCAGCGGUCUGCAGGAUGGUGGCAUGGAAAGUGAUGAAAUGGAGAACACACUUCAGAGCAAGAUACGGGCAGCUUUCAACGAUUUUCGCAGUCUACUAAUGAGUGUGGUACAGACCGAAAGUGAAGUGUUUAAUGAAAUUGAAGAGCUGUCAGAAAUGGAGCGUAAAUCGGUGGAUAAUGGUGUGCAUUGGAGUAUUUCGGAUCUGAGGUCUGAAAACGUUGUUCCGAAUGUAGUGGAAAUGCUUUACGUGACACAAAUGCCGGCCGCAUCGAACAAGGCAGUGGUGAACGACUACGAUUUAGAAGUGGAGCACAGUACCGAAACAACCACCGAAGGUGUAAAGGAAGAGUUAGCAACAGAAGAACUGAUUGAUGUGCGGUUGCAAAGCGAUAAACAUCUAGAUUUUCUACCAGAUGGGAGAGAUGUAAAGUAUGAACUAAGCAUGGGACCGGAUAUGCUUUCGCAGGAGCGCGACGAUUCCGACGAGGAGGAUGAUGACGAAACAGAGUUGAUAAUUCUAAGGGAAGAUAUGAAUUUGCACAAGGAUGGUCCCAAAAACAGCGAAGCUGCAGGUAGCGGACCGAUGGCAGUGUUGGUAAAGGACCCGGAAAUGGCUGCACUGAUUCCGCACAUUAUCGAGCAACUGCGUAUGGAAAAUGUUACACCGGAGGAAAAGGAUGCAUUGGCUGAAAUCUUUGAAGAACUGUGGCCCCUGAUGGUAGCCGAGGCAGAUCGUUUGCGCACGGAACCGUAG